AUGGGUAAUAAGCAAACGAUAUUUACUGAUGAACAGCUAGACGCCUACCAGGACUGCACCUUCUUCACACGCAAGGAAAUCCUUAGGUUGCAUGGAAGAUUCCAUGAAUUGGCUCCACACUUGGUUCCGAUGGACUACACCAAUGACCCUGACGUCAAACUUCCGCUAGCUCUUAUAGUCAACAUGCCAGAAUUAAAGGAAAACCCAUUCAGGAAUCGAAUUGUCGAGUCCUUCUCAGAGGAUGGCUUGGGGAACCUGAGCUUCAAUGAUUUUGUGGACAUGUUUUCAGUCCUCAGUGAGAUGGCUCCCAGAGAACUCAAAGCCAUUUAUGCUUUCAAAAUAUAUGAUUUUAAUGUGGACAACUACAUCUGUAAGGAGGACUUGGAGAAGACACUGAACAAGCUAACGAGAGAAGAGCUGACCCCUGAGGAGGUGAACCUAGUGUGUGAGAAGGCCAUCGAGGAGGCUGACCUGGAUGGGGACAACAAGCUCUCCUUUGCUGAUUUUGAGAACAUGAUCUCCAGGGCUCCUGACUUUUUAAGCACCUUCCAUAUACGAAUCUGA